AUCUUGUGGAAGCCCUGAAGCCAGAAUAUGUGGCACCCCUGGUCCUUUGGCUUUGCCACGAGACUUGUAAGGAAAAUGGUAGCUUAUUUGAGGUUGGAGCAGGCUGGAUUGGAAAAUUACGCUGGGAGCGGACCCUUGGAGCCAUUGUAAGACAGAAGAAUCAACCAAUGACUCCUGAGGCAGUGAAGGUUAACUGGAAGAAGAUCUGUGACUUUGAGAAUGCCAGCAAACCUCAGAGUAUCCAAGAAUCCACUGGCGGUAUAAUUGAAGUUCUAAGUAAAAUAGAUUCAGAAGGAGGAAUUUCAACAAAUCAUACCAGUCAUGCAGCAACUACAGCAACAUCAGGAUUUGCUGGAGCUAUUGGCUAUAAGCUCCCUCCAUUUUCUUCUGCUUAUACUGAACUGGAAGCUGUUAUGUAUGCCCUUGGAGUGGGAGCAUCAAUCAAGGAUCCAAACGAUUUGAAAUUUAUUUAUGAAGGAAGUUCUGAUUUCUCCUGUUUGCCUACCUUUGGAGUUAUCCUAGGUCAGAAAUCUAUGAUGAACGGAGGAUUAGGAGAAAUUCCUGGGCUUUCGAUCAACUUUGCAAAGGUUCUUCAUGGGGAGCAAUACUUGGAGUUAUAUAAACCACUUCCCAGAGCAGGAGAAUUAAAAUGUGAAGCAGUUGUUGCUGAUGUCCUAGAUAAAGGAUCUGGUGUUGUGAUUCUUAUGGAUGUCUAUUCUUAUUCUGGGAAGGAGCUUAUAUGCUAUAAUCAGUUCUCUAUCUUUCUUGUUGGCUCUGGAGGCUUUGGUGGAAAACGGACAUCAGACAAAGCCAAGGUAGCUGUAGCCAUACCUAAUAGACCUCCUGAUGCUGUACUUACAGAUACCACCUCACUUAAUCAGGCUGCUUUGUACCGCCUUAGUGGAGACUGGAAUCCCUUACACAUUGAUCCUAACUUUGCUAACGUAGCAGGUUUUGACAAGCCCAUAUUACAUGGAUUAUGUACAUUUGGAUUUUCUGCCAGGCAUGUUUUACGGCAGUUUGCAGAUAAUGAUGUGUCAAGAUUCAAGGCAAUUAAGGUUCGUUUUGCAAAACCAGUGUAUCCAGGACAAACUCUACAAACUGAGAUGUGGAAGGAAGGAAAUAGAAUUCAUUUUCAAACCAAGGUUCAAGAAACUGGAGACAUCGUCAUUUCAAAUGCAUAUGUCGAUCUUGUGGGAACAUCUGAUAUUUCAGCUAAGACCCUCUCUGAAGGUGGGGAGCUUCAGAGUACCAUUGUAUUUGAGGAAAUAGGUCGCCGCCUUAAGGAUGUUGGGCGUGAAGUGGUGAAGAAAGUAAAUGCUAUCUUUGAGUGGCAUAUCACUAAAGGUGGAAGUGUUGCAGCUAAGUGGACUAUUGACCUGAAAAAUGAUUCUGGAAAAGUAUACCAAGGCCCUGCAAAAGGUUCUGCUGAUACAACCAUCAUACUUUCAGAUGAAGAUUUCAUGGAAGUAGUCCUGGGCAAACUUGACCCUCAGAAGGCAUUCUUCAGUGGCCGACUGAAGGCCAGAGGCAACAUCAUGCUGAGCCAGAAGCUUCAGAUGAUCCUUAAAGACUACGCCAAGCUCUGAAGGGCACACUGCACUGCUAAUAAAAAUAGAAUAAUUAAAUACUGUCUCCACCCGCAGAUAUGCUUGAUUAGUCUGCGGAAGUGAUCAAAACUAAGAUGCCAGGAAAAUUGCUUAACAUUUUCAGAUUUCAGAUACAUUUUCAGAUUUUCAUUUUCUACUAAUUUUUCAUGUCUCGUUAUUUUUACAAAUUAUAUAUAAACUAUGUCUCGUUAUUUUUACAAAUUAUAUAUAAACUAGCACAUAGUUAUUGUUCUGCUCUUAGAUCUAUAUCUUCAUAAUAAAAAAUUUCACCCAAGUCCAGUUUCUUUAGCAUUUGGGAUAGCAUUUAUAAGUUGAAAGGAAAAUUAAAUGAAUAAAAACCACUUUCAUACCUUUUA